CAGUCCAAGCUGCCCGGGCAGAGUAGAUACCCAUUUGGAUGGAGGGGAAACUGUUUAUUUACAUCAGUUACUCGUGGCUCGCAGAAUGAAUGGCAUCUGGGAAUGCAGCUGUUUACAUUUUUAUGGAAAACUGGCUAAUGAUCAGAGUGUUGUUUCAGCGAUAUGAUUAUGAUAAAUUAUGUUGUAUAGACUGUCAGCGUGAUUUGCUAUGGUGAUACCACAGGCUAACCCCAAGCUAACACAGAGACUGUUUUGGGAGAUAGCUUUUUGAACGAACUUGUACGCUGACACAUGAAUUAGACACUUUGUGAAUUUUCAGCAAGCUGGGACACAAAGGGGAAUGUCUAACCAAGGAGUUAGGAGAAAUGGCCCAGUAAAGCUGCGGUUGACAGUCCUAUGUGCAAAGAACCUGGCAAAGAAAGACUUCUUCCGGUUGCCAGAUCCUUUUGCCAAAGUGGUGGUGGACGGUUCAGGACAGUGCCACUCUACAGAUACUGUGAGAAAUACGCUGGACCCAAAGUGGAAUCAGCAUUAUGAUCUAUACAUUGGCAAGGCAGACUCCAUCACUAUUAGUGUAUGGAACCACAAGAAGAUCCACAAAAAGCAGGGCGCAGGUUUCCUGGGCUGUGUCCGCCUCCUGUCCAAUGCCAUCAACAGACUUAAAGACACUGGCUAUCAGAGACUGGACCUGAAUAAGCUGGGCCCCAAUGACAAUGAUACUGUGAGAGGACAGAUCGUAGUAAGUCUUCAGUCCAGGGAUCGCAUUGGGACAGGAGGACCGGUGGUGGACUGCAGUCGCCUGUUUGACAAUGACUUGCCCGAUGGUUGGGAAGAAAGGCGGACGGCUUCAGGAAGGAUACAGUACCUAAACCACAUCACACGUACCACUCAAUGGGAGAGACCUACCAGGCCAGCAUCAGAGUACUCCAGCCCAUCAGGGCGUCCACUGAGCUGCGUAGUGGACGAGAACACACCAGUGGUGACACCCGUUAACGGGGCUGAGGCCAGUGGUCCACCAGGCGAGCAGCGGGUUCAGGAGAGACGGGUUCGAUCACAGCGGCAUCGUAACUACAUGAGUCGUACACACCUGCAUACGCCACCUGACCUGCCUGAGGGUUAUGAGCAAAGAACAACUCAGCAGGGCCAGGUCUACUUCCUCCAUACACAGACGGGAGUCAGUACCUGGCAUGACCCCCGAGUACCCAGGGACCUAAGCAAUGUGAACUGUGAGGAGCUUGGCCCAUUGCCACCAGGCUGGGAGAUCCGAAACACAGCCACCGGCCGUGUCUACUUUGUCGACCACAACAAUCGUACAACACAGUUCACAGACCCGCGGCUGUCUGCUAACUUGCAUCUAGUACUCAACAGCCCAAGUACAAAUGGUUCCCGUGUGGCCACGGACAGCCAAAACACUAACCUCAGUCAUCUGACUCAGUUGAAGGACCAGGUUGGUCCAGGGGUCCCUCAGCAAGCUCUGUCUCCAGCCCAGCUACCUGAAGAGGCAGAGUGCCUGACUGUGCCCAAAUACAAGAGAGACCUGGUGCAGAAGCUGAAGACCCUACGGCAAGAGCUGUCUCAGCAGCAACCCCAGGCUGGCCACUGCCGCAUCGAGGUCUGCCGGGAGGAGAUAUUUGAGGAGUCGUACCGACAGGUGAUGAAGAUGCGUCCAAAGGAUCUCUGGAAAAGACUGAUGAUCAAAUUCAGAGGAGAGGAGGGACUGGACUAUGGUGGGGUAGCAAGGGAAUGGUUAUACCUGCUGUCCCACGAGAUGCUGAAUCCCUACUAUGGCCUGUUCCAGUACUCCAGAGAUGACAUCUACACUCUACAGAUUAACCCUGACUCUGCAGUCAACCCAGAGCACCUGUCGUACUUCCACUUUGUGGGUCGUAUCAUGGGCAUGGCGGUGUUCCACGGCCACUACAUUGAUGGAGGCUUCACUCUGCCCUUCUACAAACAGCUGCUGGGAAAGCCGAUCACGCUGGACGAUAUGGAGUCUGUUGACCCCGACCUCCACAACAGCCUUGUCUGGAUUCUGGACAAUGACAUCACAGGCGUCUUGGACCACACUUUUUGUGUGGAGCACAACGCCUAUGGAGAAAUCAUUCAGCAUGAACUGAAGCCCAGCGGCAAGAGUAUUCCCGUCACAGAGGACACGAAGAAGGAGUAUGUCCGCUUGUAUGUGAACUGGCGAUUUCUGCAUGGCAUCGAAGCUCAGUUUCUUGCCCUGCAGAAAGGCUUCAAUGAGGUCAUCCCUCAACAUCUGCUCAAAACUUUUGACGAGAAGGAACUGGAGUUGAUAGUGUGUGGCCUGGGAAAGAUCGACAUUUCAGACUGGAAGUCCAACACCCGUCUGAAGCACUGCACCCCAGACAGCAACAUCGUCAAGUGGUUUUGGAAAGCUGUGGAAUCGUUUGAUGAGGAGAGGAGGGCCCGACUGCUGCAGUUUGUUACUGGCUCAUCCAGAGUCCCGCUGCAAGGCUUCAAGGCUUUACAGGGUGCUGCAGGGCCCAGACUCUUCACCAUUCAUCAGAUCGAUGCCAACACCAACAAUCUGCCCAAAGCCCACACCUGCUUCAAUCGGAUUGACAUUCCACCCUACGAGAGCUAUGACAAGUUGUAUGACAAGCUGCUGACGGCGAUUGAGGAAACCUGUGGCUUCGCAGUGGAAUAACAAACAUUGGAGAGUGUGCGGAAACAUGAAACUGUGUGCAGAACUCUGAUGGCCUAUUAUUGUCACUGCAGUGUGCGGACAGGCUUACUCAGAACCUGAUGUAUGCGCCUUCGACCAACUGGCAGUCUUCCUUUUUCACUCAUCCACAUUCUUGUCUUAUUGAUAUCUGUUUGAACAGCUGCUAGAGUCGCCCCGUCUUUUGUUUGUGUAGCUCACAUGAAAUACAGAGAGCAAGUUAAGAGCCGCUACAUUAAGAACUGCAGCAUUUCAUUAACAGUUAUUAUGAGUUUUUGUUUUGUUUUUUUGUCAGCUCCCUUUGUAGGCUGAAUAAAGCUUGAUUUAUGGUUCUGCCUUUAAUCUACACAGAGCCUACGGCGUAUGCUAUGUAUGUCAGAGGAGAUGGUCUGUACGACUGUUGAACCAGCUGAGGCAGAAUGAGGUUGAUAUUCCGGGCUUGUCUGGCCACUGAGAGGCAUGAAUGAGGAAAUGCGAUGUAGCCAAUCACGGUUGUUCUCUGCGUCAACACAACGUGCAGUUACAUUUCUGGAGAAGUGCACUUCAAUCUAUUGCAUAAGGUGCAAGGCUGCACACUACCUACAUCAUAGGUACAGUGUAGGUUUAACACAGAACCAUAUCAUCAAGCUUUAGACGUGAAAGUAUCUUACAAAAGUGUUUCUUUUUAAAAAUUUCUCAAAUGCACCACUGUUUGGUUUUACAAUUAGAAGUGACUGAACUGAUCCUUAUCAUGCUACUGAAUCUUCAACACUGCAGGUAGCCAUAUCUUGCCCUUAGCAAAUCAUAUUAACCUCAGUCAACACACCUUCCAGCGCUCAUGGCUGCAGAGUCAGUGUGCUUCAUCUUGUAUCAGUACCUCAGUGAAACACUUUUAUAUUUGAAGGGUUUAGUUUAAAAAUGCUAUGAAUUGUCUCUUGGAAAAGUUAGUAGCUGAUGUAAUCUGCAUUCAGAGUAGAAAUCCUUUGUUUUGUUUUGAGGGUGGGUUUCCCCACAGUGCUUCGUAAUUAGUUUAUACCUGCAAAACCAUAUAAUUUAAAUAGUGAAUAUAUCAUUUUGAAAUGGAGCUCAUACAGGCAAGUCUGAUUCAUUAGUGGCACUUUUGAAUCAAGCUUGCGGUGGUUGUGUAAAGGUGAGAGAUGGACUAUGGUGAAGAAGAAGCUAUAAAUCUUAUAUUUUCCCUGAUAACUGCCCACUGUGGCCACAGCUCUUGUUUAACGUGUUUUUGCAUGUCUGUACAAAUGUAGAUUUGUAGACAACAGAGUUGGGCAUUUUGUAGACAAGUUCCCCUUCAACUCGACUUGCACAGUUUCUUGUGUAAGCCGCUGCAAUGUUAGAGCUGAACUUGUUCAUCUUCCUUUUCUCUUAUUCACACAUUUGUCUCCAGCAGUUACAUGUACAGUAUGCAUGUUUUUCAGCCCAGCAUAACUGUCUGUCAGAUCCGAUGCGAAAAGGACACACACACACACACACACACACACACACACAUCCAUGGGACCAGGCUUCGUAACAAGCUUUUCAAGGCAGAUGUCUGUUUUCAUUCUCUUCAGUUUAAAAAGGCAGAAGUGUUUCUUUCUCGCGCUCGUCACUUAGUGCACUUUACAAACUGAGCAGUGAUGACAGGAGUGCAUUCUUUGUUAGAUUAAAAUGUAUCACGUUUAACUUGCUAUACAACUACAUUAAAAUAUACAGAGUAAAAAGUAUCUAUACACCAUUUUUGAGUAUAUAUGUAUAAAUACAUAGCUAUUUUAUAUACUGUUGUUUGUUCUUUCUGUUCAGUUUAAAUACAAGCAUGUUGGUGUCUGCCACAGACCUCUUUUCAUUCUCAGGUGAAUCGUCCUGUUAUUGUUUUAUUUUACAUUUAUUAGGCUAGUAUGUGAGGAUGGGUAGAACUGGUUUUAAUGGGAACUAUUUAAACCUAUGAUGGAGUGUAAAACUUGUUAAAGUUGUGCAAUUUUCUUUUGGUCGAACACUUUCACUUUUUAAACACACACACCUUCAUAGGAGAACAAGAAAGGCCUUAUUUGCUGCUCUGGAAGUCUGUCACCACUGAUUACCAAACUGCACAGACGACGGUGUGAUUUCAUAUGCACAGGAGCAGCCGGCUUGCUUUUAAAUAUUCAUGUUGCAAAGAAAUAGACUGAAAUGUUGUUGGCGGCCUCACGUCGCCAGAUCUGAAAAUGUUGACUGCUG